AUGGACGCUGGAUGCCUGUGGGGCAUGGUGUAUGAGACGUUAGUCAUUGGGAAGCACGACGGGUUUAUCAUCAACGGGGGGAGAUACCCGACUGUGGGUGUGAGUGGUUUCAUCCUCGGUGGUGGGCUUGGUCCGUUUACCCGAAGCUUCGGGAUGGGGUGUGACACGCUUGUGGAGGCGAAGGUUGUAACAGCUGAUGGGAGGUUGAUCACGGUCAGAGAGACGUCCAAGAAGGGGUCCCCGGAGGAGAGGCUGUUUUGGGCUCUCCAAGGCGCUGGCGCUGCCAGUUUUGGUGCUGUGGUGCGGAUGAAGCUCAGGGUUCGGAAGCUGAGCAGCUUGAACGGAUUUGUAGGCGGGAUUACUGAUGACGUCGUGAAGGUAAUGAACGCAUUCUACCUGACAAACUGGCCGGAUAAGAUGACGAUUGACUCGACUUGGAUAUGCGACCUCAGACAGUCAAACAACGGCGGCGUCAGAUUCAAUAUCUCUUUCAACGGCCGCAAGAGUGAAUACGACAGGACCAUCGAGAAGCUGCUUCAAGUUAGACCCACAGAAAAUGAUACUGUAGAGGAGGAAGUUAAGAGCUUGAAGGAGCAGCUAAAACGAAGGGCGCUCGCCUAG